AUGUUAAAACAAUUUAUUGUGCUACUUUUCUUAUCAAUUUCAUGUAGUGUUGCUUACAAAUCUGAUUAUGAAUAUCAUCCAGAUGCAGGUGCAUGGUUCAAACUACACAGAGUGACAGCAACAUGGCAGCAAGCAUUUUUCCGAUGUCACAACGAGGGAGCCCUACUUGCGUCUCCAACUACUGAAAAAAUGCUGAGGGCAAUGCAGCGUCUGCUUCAAGAUAAUAGAGUCGGCGCAAAUUUACAUUACAUCGGCACUCACUCGAAGUUCUCGCCUGGACAUUUUGUAGCUUUAGAAGGUACUCCCAUAGAAAAUAUGCCGGUGAUGGAUAUGGUCGACAUAUUAAACACACAAGACGGCGAUUGCUUGACUAUGACCGAUACUGUUAUAAAUGUCAAUACGUGCAUGAAGGAACUGCCAUACAUAUGUUAUAGAACCCAGGAAAUGAGUCAGAACAACACCGAAUGUGGGACAUUUGACGAAGACUAUCAACUUGAUGCAAGCACGGGCAGUUGCUACAAAAUUCAUACGAAACCUCGAACAUGGUCUGACGCGAACUCGAUGUGUGUCACCGAAGGUGGGUCCUUGGCCGUCCUGAACGAUGAAGAAGAAGCACGUAUUAUUCAAAAAAUGUUCCCAAAAAUUACAAUGAAUUCUACAGAGUUUAAAGAAUACGACUCUCUAUACAUUGGUCUGCAGGACUGGGAUGGAAGUGGUACCUGGUUAAGUAUUCGUGGCGAGCCUAUUCAAGAACUUUAUAACAAUUGGAACAAACCCAAGCCAACAUAUGAAGCAUUUGAUGAGUACUGUGGCGUGAUAACCAGCACCGGAAAGAUUGACAAUAUUGGAUGUGAUCGAUUAUCCGUGUUCGUGUGCGAAAAAGAUCCUGACAAUGUUCGGUAUUCUGUAGAACAUCAAGAACAAGAUAAUGAAUGA